UUAUAGAUUGAACCCUGAAAAGUUCAGUACUAUGGAAGCUCUUUACUCUAGUGUCCACUACUGGCUAGUUGGCCUCCCAACAAUUAGCAAAUUCGAGUGGAAACAAGGCCACACUUUUGGUUCCUCAAUACUAUUCCUCGCUCUUUCGGUCUCUAUCUACUUGUCUCUCACUCUAUUAUCUCUUCGUUUCGCAUCACACCUCCCCACCCUAUCCGCCACCAUUCUCCACCGCAUCACCGCCGUACACAGUCUUAUCCUCUGCCUCCUCUCUCUCAUCACGGUCGUCGGCUGCAGCCUCUCUGUCCUCCACCAAAUGCCACGUCAUGAUUGGAAAUGGCUCUUUUGCUUCCCACCCAAUCACACUCAUACACGUGGACCCGUGUUCUUUUGGUUUCACGUCUGUUUCCUUUCCAAGAUUCUUGAAUUCAUAGACACCCUUUUAAUCAUUUUAAGUAGUUCUAGAUCAAGGCGACUCUCGUUCCUUCAUGUGUACCACCAUGCAAUGGUGCCUGUUCUUGGUUAUCUUGCGAUCUACACUUCUCAGUCGAUGCUCCAUAUUGUAGUCAUCACGAAUGCUUCAGUUCAUGUUCUAAUGUAUGCCUAUUACUUCCUCUGUGCAAUAGGGAAGAAGCCAUGGUGGAAGAGGUUGGUAACAAACUGUCAAAUUGUUCAGUUCAUUUUUGGAUUUCCAUGUUCAGCUAUGAUGUUGUACUAUCACUUUACUACUAAGCUUGGGUGCUCCGGUUUUGGACCUUGGUGCGCUUGUAUUGCUUUUGAUGUUUCGCUUUUGGCACUUUUUCUUGACUUCCAUUCCAACAACUAUGGCAAGAACAACAGGAAAGGUCAUGAUAAUAAGCUGGAGAAACAGGCAUAACGUCCGUUCUUUAUUUAGCUGCCAGCAACUCUAUUUAGCAUCAUGGACGACCAUGGUUAUUCUGCAGGCUUAUUAGUACUUCCAUUUAUUCACAUCCUUGUUUUCAGAAUGCGAUUCAUUGUCUUGUUCCAAAACGAAUUUUUCUUAUAUUCUUUGACGGGUCCAGAUCAGCUCCAGUGCAUAGAGCUCCAGUAAAUCUCAAUGCACAUUUAGAUGGAAGCCAAGUGCCCCUAUGAUAAUUUAAUGGCCAGAUUUCAUCGUCUGAACUUUUUUGCUAAAUAGGAAAAAAAAUGUAGAAACCGAACACAAAGUAAAGGAAAAGCUCGCUAUUUUGAUUUUUUCACUCCAAAUUCAAAAUCAGAUUCACUGGAAGAAUCUCAAAUCAAUUGUAUUUCUUUGAGCUCACUAGGUUUUUAAAAUGGGUAAACAAAGAAACUAAGCUUCAUUUGACAUUAAAUUGAAUGACAAUCUUAAUAAUGAAUAUUGUAGCAGAGAAGAAAUUUUUUUUGUGUGACACCCAUCUUGUCUGUAGUAUAAAAUACAGUAUAAUUUUUUUUCUCUACAACAUUUGCUCUAUAGCUGUACUAACACUUUGAAGAGGUUCUUCUUAAGAAAAUAAGGUAGGUCGCCAUUGACAACCUCCAUGCUGUCAUCAUGGAAGUAAAUACGAUUGGGUAUCUUUCAACUAAGAGCCCAUUUGGAUGAGCUUGUUUUAAGUGCUUUUAAGCCAAAAUAAUACUU